AUGGUCACGAUCAGACGAGCACGCGUCGGGCUGCUGGGUGCGCCCAAGCGGCGCCUGGUGACGUCGACGACAACGGAGCUGGCGGGAGCGGGGCCGGGUCGGAAGCCUGCAACGCUCGCAGAUGCAGCGACCUCGACAACGUCGCGCUCUCUCUUUAACUCUAACGCUCCCACCAUCAGCAUCAAGAACCCCCCGUCUAUCAUCAACGCCCUCGCCGCCGUAAACCUCCCAGGCCCCACUCUCAACAUCUUGGCCGACACCGCGACCGCGUCCCAGCCGCACCGCACCGAGGGUUUUCCAUGGGGCCACUCCACCACGCGCCCCGGGGUCAUCGCUGGCGCGACGGUCGGCAGCGUCCUAGGCGCAGCGAUCAUCGCCCUCGUCUACCUGUGUUACGCGCGGCGCAUGGCAUGGUGCUUUGUCCAUAAAGGUCCGAGGGCCCACACUCCCUUGGAGCGGUUCGAGGCCGCAGAGCUGGGUCGGCCCGCUAGCGUUAUUCCGCAUUUCCACCCUUCUGCUGACGCCCUCCACGAGUUGAGCCCGAUCGAGGCGAACGGCGAAAUGAGUGGCUACCCGCACACGUAUCUCAACGUGCCACCACAUCUGCACGAGAGCCCCACUCCGCCUGGCACGCCGGAGACGCCCGCGACGUACAUCACCUGCCGGUCGGACCCGUGGGCCAUUCCCUGGGGCGAGCCCGCCCGAGCUUCAACACCUCCACCGCUCCGGCCGGAAGUGGACGAAAACGGUACCGUCCUGUCUGUCGGACACGACGGCGCAGACAGCGUAACCAGACCCCCCAGAUACUCUCCAACCCUUGUCGUCCCCCAGCCACAGUACUACACCACCACGCAGCGCCUUGGGUCGCGCUCUCUGUCCCUAAGUGACAAGGCAACAGAGAUGGGCCUCGAGAGCCCUGACCAACUCCAGUUAGCACACAAAUGA